AUGCUCGUCAAUCUAGUAGGGGUUCUAUGUCUGGCGCUGUCAAGUCUCGUUCUCGCGCAGACAGAUAGUAACAUACAAAAUGACCCGAUUUCAGUGUUUGUCACGUCACCCGGCUCAGGGUCUGGGAACUAUGUCUUUGCGCUCAAUGUUCCCUCAGGCUCUGAAGAUAUCUACUUUCACCUCUCCGGCCCGGCAGCAUACUCCUGGAUUGCGGUUGGAAUGGGGUCAGAAAUGAAGGAUUCACUUAUGUUUAUCGCAUAUUUGAAUUCGACUGGAAAUGGUGUCACACUCAGUCCGCGAAUCAGCACGGAUAAGACGGAACCGAGUUAUUCAUCGAGUAUCAAUGUCCAAACCCUUUCGGGUACUGGGGUAGCAAAUGGCACCAUCUCUGUGAAUGCUCGCUGCACAAACUGCACGAAAUGGAACAAAGGGUCCCUGGAUUUGAAGAGUACAAACCAAGCAUUCAUCUACGGACUUGGACCCAGCUCUGGAAGUCUCGUCGAGCUACAGAGUAAUUCACUCUCAGCCAACCUUGAACGGCAUUCGGUAUAUGGCAACUUCGUGAUGAACAUGACCAAAGCCACCGGCGGAACCGACGGCACCACCCUCCUGUCAACAUCAUUCUCAUUCAUUACAACCAGCAGCGGCGCCACGCAGGAUGGCAACCAAACACCAGAUGGCAAUUGGCCCGUCGUUAUCCACGCCGCCGUUCUCUCCGUUGCAUUCAUAAUCAUCAUGCCCGGAGGAGCCAUCUUCCUCCGCAUCAUCCCCGCAAGCGUUCGAUGGCACUGGGUCAACCAAUCUCUCGCCACCAUCCUCGUCGGCAUCGGCGGCUUGAUCGGUCUUUGGCUAAGCACACUGUACAAUCGCUCCAGUAGCUACAACUCCACCCAUCAGAUUCUGGGCAUACUAUGUGUUAUUGCAGUGUUUGUGCAAUGGUUCCUCGGGUUUUGGCACCACUAUCAAUACAAAAAGCACCAAACUCCCACCAAGUAUGGCGCCGUACAUAUGCACAUGGGGCGCAUAAUCCUCGUGUUUGCCAUCGUGGUCGGCGCGAUAGGUUUGUCAUGGUCCUUUGUGAAGACCAGCGUCAUCAUUGCAUACGUAGUUAUUGGGGGCGUUAUUGUGGCUGUUGUUCUUGCGCUGUCGAUGUUGAAACGGCAUUCCUCGACAUCGCUCUCAUUUCUGAAGGCUAAAGGCUCGGAUAGAGCUUUGAAUGCGGAGGGUACCUAUGAGAAUAUGGAUGAUCCGUUUUCGAAUCGUCAUGAGUAUCGGCCGUAUGAGUUGAAUACACCUUUGGCGAGCUAUCCGCACAGGAAUGAAUCUAGGUAG